AUGUCUGAAUACACAGAAGCUUGCCCGGUCUACGCGCCGUUCUUCGGUGCCAUGGGCUGUACCGCUGCCAUCGUUUUCACCUGCUUAGGUGCCUCGUACGGAACUGCCAAGUCCGGUGUUGGUAUUGCUGCUAUGGGUGUCUUGAGACCUGAUCUCAUCGUCAAGAACAUCGUCCCCGUCAUUAUGGCUGGUAUCAUUGGUAUCUACGGUCUCGUCGUUUCCGUCCUGAUAUCCGACGGUCUCAAGCAGCUGCUACCCCUGUACACCGGCUUCAUUCAGCUCGGUGCCGGUCUCGCCGUCGGUCUUGCCGGUAUGGCUGCUGGUUUCGCUAUUGGUAUCGUUGGUGAUGCUGGCGUCCGUGGAACUGCUCAACAGCCCAGACUCUUCGUCGGCAUGAUUUUGAUUCUCAUUUUCGCCGAAGUGCUGGGUCUUUAUGGUCUCAUUGUUGCCCUGCUCAUGAACUCUAAGGCAACCGUCGAUGUCAGCUGCUAA